AGAAGCUACUGUGGUGGUGUGAAUUACGGAGGAGGACUGAGCACUGGCAGUUUGGUUGGUGGCAACUACGGAGGUGGCUUAGGAGCCGCUGUCCUCGGAGGAUGCUCAGGCAUUGGAUUCAGCGGUGGCAGUGCUCGCUUUGGCGGUGGCAUUGGAGGUGGUUUUGCUGGUGAUGGCAUUCUUCUUUCUGGUGACGAAAAGGUCACCAUGCAGAACCUUAAUGACCGCCUGGCUUCUUACCUGGACAAGGUGAGAUGCCUGGAACAAGAAAAUGCUGACCUGGAGUGCAGAAUCAGGGAGUGGUACGCCAAGCAGGGCCCUUUUUGUGAGCCACGGGACUACAGCUGCUAUUAUAAAGAAAUAGAAGAUCUUCAAAAUCAGAUUGUCUGUGCAACCAUAGACAACAACAAGAUCAUUCUGAACAUUGAUAACAGCAGGAUGACAGCCGAUGACUUCCGAGUGAAGUACGAGACGGAGCUGGCCCUGCGCCAGAGCGUGGAGGCUGACAUCAAUGGGCUGCGCCAGGUCCUGGACCAGCUGACGCUCUGCAGGUCUGACCUGGAGGCACAGCUGGAGUCGCUGCGGGAGGAGCUCUGCUGCCUGAAGAAGAACCACGAGGAGGAAAUGAACUGUCUGAGGAAACAAUCGACUGGAGAUGUGAGUGUGGAGGUCAAUGCCUGCCCAGGCCCAGACCUCAGGAAGAUCCUGGAGGAGAUGAGGUGCCAGUAUGAAACACUGAUUGAACGCAAUCGCAAAGAAGUUGAGGAUUGGUAUGAGUGCAAGAUUGAGGAGGUGAAUCGGGAGGUUAUUACAAGCGGGCAGGAGGUAGAGACGUGCAACAAUCAAGUCACUGAACUGAGACGCCAAUUGCAAGCCCUGGAGAUCGAUCUCCAGGCCCAGCUCAGCCAGAGGGACAACCUGGAAUCUUCACUGGCUGAGACAGAAUGUCGCUACAACAACCACCUUGCUGAGCUCCAGAGCCAGAUCACAUGCGUGGAGCAGCAGCUGGCUGACCUACGUGCAGAAAUGGAGUGCCAGAACCAGGAGUACAAGAUCCUGCUGGAUGUCAAAUGUCGUCUGGAGCAGGAGAUCCACACGUACCGCUGCCUGCUGGAGGGCGGGCAGCAGGACCUGAUGUGA